AGGACAUUGACUAUAUAUAUAUAAUCUGACUCACACUAAUGUAACCAAUUGAAAGAAAACUUAUCAUUAGUCACUAUCUGACGUUCAGUUCGUGAAAGACAUCUCAGAUAGAUUUUAUUCUAUAAAAUUUAUUUUUUAAUGUAAAUAUCUAGUCAACAAAAAUUGAUAUAACAUGGAUUAUUUCCAAAUUCUCUGCGCUAUAAGCGUGGUGAUUGUCACGAUUUACUAUUAUUAUUCAUCAAAAUAUGCUUUUUGGCAAAAUCGUGGCAUAUCUGGACCAAAAUCUGUAGUAUUUUUUGGCAGUUUUGCGAAUCCCUUGAUAAAAAAAAAGUCAAUAUCUGAAACUGUUAAAAAGUGGUACGACGAUUACAAACAUGAAUCAGUUUUUGGGAUAUUCGAGGGAAUGACUCCGGUUCUUGUCAUUAACGAUUUAGAUAUGAUUAAAGAUGUUCUCAUCAAAGACUUUUCAUUAUUUAUGGAUCGAGGAUUUCGAAUUUUUCCGAAGAUAGAACCACUGACGCAACAUCUCUUCUUGUUGGAGGCUGAAAGAUGGCGACCAAUACGAAUGAAACUUUCGCCAAUAUUCACGUCUGGAAAACUGAAAGAGAUGUUCUUCCUUAUAAUGGAAAGCGCGAAAAAUUUAGAGGAAUAUUUGAACGAAGUGGUAAAGAAGAACGAAAUGGUGGAAUGCCGUGAUUUAGCUGCAAAAUUUACGACCGACGUUAUCGGCAGCUGCGCUUUUGGGAUCAACACACAUUCCCUUUUGGACGAGGAUAGUGAAUUUCGUAAAAUGGGCAAGAAGAUGUUUUCACCUACUUUGAAAUUGAUGAUCGGAAAUACUUGUAAAGUACUUUUUCCAUCUUUGUACGGAGUAAUCGGUAAUAUGUUUACAAUGAAAGACAUCGAUAAAUUUUUUAUAAAUUUGAUCAGUACCACGAUGAAAUAUAGGAAGGAUAACAAUAUAGUUCGAUCAGAUUUUAUCAAUAUGCUCAUGCAAUUGAAAGAACAUCCAGAGAAAAUGGACAAUAUUGAAUUAACAGAUAUUUUGUUAACUGCUCAAGCAGUCGUCUUCUUCAUUGCCGGAUUUGAAACCUCUUCAUCGACCAUGGCAUUUAGUCUUUACGAGUUAGCUCAAAAUCAAGAAAUACAAGAUAAAUUACGACAAGAAAUUAGAAAAGUGUACGAGAAAAAUAAGGGAGUAUUGACGUACACAGAUAUCAAAGAAAUGAAAUAUUUGGAUAAGGUGUUUAAAGAAACUUUAAGGAAGUAUCCAAUAUUGUCGAUAUUAACCAGAAAAGCGAAGGAAAAUUAUACAUUUAAAGGUACUAAAAUUACAAUACCAAAGGGCACGAAAUUAUGGAUACCAGUGUAUGGUAUUCAACAUGAUCCAAAUAUUUAUCCGAAACCCGAAGUAUUCGAUCCCGAAAGAUUCGAGGAUGAUGCUUUCGCUAGUAGACAUCCUAUGAGUUAUUUACCAUUUGGCGAUGGGCCAAGAAAUUGCAUCGGUUCUCGUUUUGCGCAUUAUCAAAGCAAGAUUGGUCUUUUAACAAUUCUUCGCAAUCACAAAGUUAAUGUUUGUGAAAAAACCACGAUCCCCUUCAAAUCUGAUGAACGUAACUUUUUCUUAGUAUUAAAAGGAGGAGUGUACUUAAAAAUAACUAAGAGAUACAACAUGGAUCACUUUCAACUUCUUUGCGCCAUUGGAGCGUUAUUGUUCGCGAUUUAUUAUUAUUUCACUUCGACCUUUGACACGUGGAAGAAUCGUGGCGUACCUGGACCAAAACCUAUGAUCUUUUUUGGUAAUUUCCGAGAAGUAAUAUUCAAGAAAAUAUCACUGGCCGAAAAAACAAAACAAUUAUAUCAAGAAUACAAGAACGAGUUAGUUUUCGGAGUAUUUCAAGGAAGAACUCCUAUUCUUGUUGUUAACGACUUCGAAAUGAUCAAAGAUGUUCUCAUCAGAGAUUUCAGCUUAUUCGCGGAUCGAGGAAUUCAUGUAAAUCCUAAGAUAGAACCAAUAUUUCAAACUCUCUUCGCAUUGGAAUCUAAAACAUGGCGACCGUUGAGAAUGAAACUCUCUCCAGUAUUUACGUCAGGCAAAUUAAAGGAUAUGUUCCCUCUUAUACUGGAUUGCGCAAAAAAUUUAGAAGAAUUCGUAGAAAAAGUAAGAAAUAGCGGGGAACCGGUGGAUUGUCGCGACAUGGCUGCAAAAUUCACGACCGAUGUAAUUGGCAGCUGCGCGUUCGGAGUGUGCAUGAAUUCUCUUUCGCCCGAGGGAAGCGAAUUUCGUCGAAUGGGGGAACAACUCGGCAAAUUCACCUUCAAACGCUUAGCCAAAGACUUUACCAGGCUAUACAUGCCAUUUUUGUUCGAUAUAAUCGGUGGUUACUUACAAUCGCACGAAGUUAACAACUUCUUUAUAAAUCUGAUCCGUGACUCGAUCAAAUACAGACAGGAGAAUAACGUGUACAGGCCAGAUUUUGUCAACACGUUGAAAGAACUAAAGGAACAUCCAGAAAAGUUGGAAAAUAUUGAAUUAACCGAUGCACUUCUCACUUCGCAAGCGCUCGUCUUCUUCCUCGCUGGAUUCGAAACAUCCUCGACAACGAUUUCAAAUGCUCUCUACGAGUUGGCUCAAAAUCCGGAAAUGCAAGAUAAAUUACGGAAAGAAAUAAAAGAAGUUUACGAGAAUAAUGGCGGAGCAUUGUCAUAUACAGAUGUGAAAGAAAUGAAAUAUUUGGACAAGGUGUUUAAAGAGACAUUGAGAAAGUAUCCAGUAUUGCCGGUACUAAGCAGACAAGCGAAAGAAAAUUAUGCGUUUAAAGACACUAAAAUUAAAAUACCGAAAGGAACAAGGAUAUGGAUACCAGUAUAUGGAAUUCAACAUGAUCCAAAUAUUUAUCCGGAACCCGAAGUAUUCGAUCCCGAAAGAUUCGAGGAUGAUGCUUUCGCUAGUAGACAUCCUAUGAGUUAUUUGCCAUUUGGCGAUGGGCCAAGAAAUUGCAUCGGUGCUCGUUUUGCGCAUUAUCAAAGCAAGGUGGGUCUUAUCACGGUUCUGCGUGAUCACAAAGUUGAAGUUUGCGCGAAGACGGUGAUACCGUAUAAAUCCGAGCCGCGAAAUAUUUUGAUGAUACCGGAAGGAGGAAAAAUAGAGUUGAAAAUAACGAAAGUUUAAUUAUUAACAUCUUCUAUAUUUAUCUUAUUUAUCUUUUUAUUUUAGCGUUUAGUUUUGGGAAGAGAUAUUUUUAAAAAAAAAUAUUUUUACAAUCUAAUUGGAAGAUCUUAAUUCGCAUAAUUAAUAUUAAAACGAAAAGUUAAAAAGUUUAAAUGUAUUUUUCAUCUCGUUUUGUAUUUGCUAAAAAGUUAUUAGAAAAAUAUAAAAAAAAAAUCUUUUUCGAAAAACAAGUAGAAAUAUUUAAAUCACUAUAAGUCUAUUUCGUAUAAUUAUUACAUAAACUAUGUAAUACUAAUAAUUAUAAUAUAAUAUACUAAUUAUUGCUAAACUUAUAUAAAUAAUAUUAUUUAUAUAAAAUAAAAUAUAUGAGAUAAUAUUUCACGUAAUUUGAAUGCAACAUAAAACACAAUUAAUUUUAUUAAACAAUAAAUAUAUAAAUGUAAUUAUUUUUUAAAAUUUUAAAUUAUUUUGUAUUUUUUUAUUAACUUUUAUAAUUUCUUUUUAUAAUUAUCGACUUUUAAAAUAAAAAGUUAAGUAUUGCGAGAAGCUACAAAUUUGUAUUGAGCAAUGCAAAACAACGAGAAAAUAUAUAAAAGUAUAAAUUUAAUUUAUUAAUUCAUAAUUAAUACUUUUAAUGAAUUUGAAUGAUAAAAAAAUAUAUAUAUAUAUCAUGUAAUAAUAUAUAAUAAAGAUAAAUAUAUCUAAUUCCAAUAUUAUAUAAUCUAUUUAUCAAAUCAUAUUUACUUUUGUAAUUAUUUAUAUCAUAUAUAUGUAUAUAUAUAUAUAGAAAUUUUAUCAGGUUAUAAAAUAAGAAUAAGAAAAGAUAGGCUAAAUAUUUUUUUAUUCUUGAAAUGGAUCGAUAACGUUAUUUCAAUAGAUCAGUGUUUGUGAUGUCUUAUUAAUAAGGUCAAAAGAUAUAGAAUGUUGUAUGUAGAAAUGUAGAAUAAUAUUUCCGAAAAUUUAUACUCUCGGUCUUCUUGAUAACAAAGUGUAACGAGUGUCGUAAGAUCGUUCUAUAAUUACAUCUUUUUUAUUUUUUUAAAAACAGAAAUAUAUAAACAUUAUUAUGAAAUACGUUAUGAAAACAUUAUAUGAAAUUUCGUGUGAAUAUCAUGAAAUUUUUUAGCUAUCUCAAUUCAAUAAUCAAAACGUUAUUUAAAAUAAUCGGGCGAAUAUUGUAUAUUUGACAUGUUGGAUUUUUGUUUUCAUUCAUCAUAAUUCAUUCUUGCAUUUAAUCAUAGAUUCUUCUAUUGUUAAUUUUAAUUCUCCACUUUAACAACGCACGAACGUAAUAAACCAUUUCCAAUAACAUUAUUUUUGCGAAAUCAAAUUUUGAUGUUCAAAUUAAAAAUUUAAACAUUGAAUAACAAUGACAAAAAUAUAGUGUAACCAACAGUAAAAUUAAUAUUUGUUAAACGUAAUAAAUUUUAUGGGAUAUUUUAUAAGAGUAAGGAGAAGGAAAAAUUUAAAGAAAAAUAAAAUAUCAGAAAUUAGAA